AACGGUCGGUCGGACGGAAAAAAACGAAAAAGAGGCAAGAAGGAGACGCACAGAGAUCGCGUGGGUGGGUGUAGCGUACUUUCUUUGCUGGAACAAUGGGGUGGGUGAGUUGGGAGCAGGAAGCCAGGGGCAAGAUGCACACAGCCCUUCCUAACUUUGCAGAUUAAACAGAGCAUUCAGUUUUGUUUAAAAGCGGCCGCAUAUCAAUUGUUCAAGUCAGUAUCAGCAGUUGCACCGAUCGAUAAGCAUUACAGCAGCUUACAAAAACAGCAGCUCCAGUGUAAGCAGCAGCAGCAUCCAACAGCGGUGGAAGUGCAUUCUCAGCCUAUCAGUGCGUGUGUCACCAGUUCGAGUGUGUGUGGAAUUAGAGAACCCAGCAACCGAAACAAACCAAAGCAGCCAGAAUGUACAGCAGUAGCACCAUGUUGAAGUAUGUGACGCUUGCCUCGGUCAUCGCGACGGCCCUCUGCGCCAGUGCCGGUGUUCGCGGUGCGUCCCGGCAGGAACCGAGCGGCGGCGAGCUGGGCGUACUGCAGAAGGUGUACGAUGACUGCCAGGACAAGCAGGACUUCACCGGCUGCCUGAAGGGCAAGGCCCUGACCGCCAUCUCCCGUGCUAUUGAUAUGGAAUCCAUCCCACUGCUCGAUGGAAUCGCGCUGGUGAAGCAGGACAAGGCCGAAAACGUGACCGUCCCGCUGCUGAACGAUGCCCGUUCGAUGAGCGGCCUGACCACCGUCGACCGCACUCUGCUGGACAAGGUGGAGCAGUUCCUGCGCACCCACGUCGUCCGCUUCGAUAUGCGCCAGCAGUCGGAGGCGGCCCGCGGCAACAAGCAGAACAAGCACCACCGCUACCUGAUCGCCGCCUUCCUGACCGCGAUGGGCAUCGCUGGCCCGAUCGGUCUGAAGGCGCUCGCUGCCAUCGCCGGUAAGGCGCUCGUCAUCUCGAAGGUUGCGCUCACCAUUGCCGGCAUUCUGGCGCUGAAGAAAAUCUUCGCCCACGAUCACCACGAGGAGACGAGCUUCCAGGUGCACGCAUCCGGACACGAUAACCGACGAACUGCCUACGUGAUGCGCCCCUCGAAGGUCGCCGCCCCGGCCAGCGUUGAUCCUUACCGGUACUACUACGAGCAGCAGCAGCAGCAGCCCCAGCAGCAGUACGCUGCCCAGAUGUAAGCUUUCGGUGCCACAACAACUGCUCCACUCACCAGACAACGAAACGGCUGAGUUUCGAGACAACGAACACAUAUGACCGACGAAACGAACGAUCGUCCCGAUCGGCGGUAGGAACACACCAAGCGGACCUGCAGAACUUCUAGAAUAACUCUUCACAAAUUUCAUCCGAAUUUGUGACAGCUCCAGAAAGCCUAGGGUCCUCUUGUAACUCCUCCGCAGCCUGUCGCAGCGACGAUUGUACCAUGUAAUAUU